AUGUUGACUGUGUCAAACCAGCAUCCGUUUGUCAAAGGGAUCAUGGAAGCAGAGCUUCUGAAGGGAUUUAAGAUCCUAGCUUUUAUGCUUUACGAUGGUUAUACUGACCCGAUCGAUCACAUCAAUUACUUCAACUCAGUCAUGAUGGUGUACAAUGGGUCAGACACUGCAUCUUGCAGUAUCAGGCAAAAGAAGACAGUGGCCAACCUUCUGGCCAUCAAGCAGUGGAGGGACGAAUCCAUCCGAGAUUUUGUCUCCAGGUUCAACCGGGAGUUGUUGGACAUUCUCGACCUGGAUGAUUUGGUGGCAUUCAAUGCAUUGCAAAGCGGGAUAACGGACAUGGAGUUGAUAAAAUCCCUCAUAUUGAACAAAGCUCACAACAUGACUGACCUGAUCAGUCGAUGUCACCAGUUCGCCAAUAUGGCAAAAAUCAUCGCAGCCCGGAAUGAGGUCGAGGGAAAAGGGUUGCUGAACUGGCCCGCACCUAUGUUUUCAAAGCCUGAGGAUAGAAACCCUCAAAAAUACUGCCAUUUUCACAGGGAUACAGGCCAUAACACGGAAGAUUGUAGGCAGCUGAAGAGUGAAAUAGAGAACCUUAUUCAGGAUGGGCACCUAUCGAAGUACGUAGACAGAAGGAAGGAAUCCCGACCCGACCACAAGGAAGAAGAGCAGGACCACAAAGAUGAUCGAAGAGAUCAGCAGAGAGAUGAUCGAAGACAUGACAAAGAAAAAAUGACUGAAAAAAGGAGUGAGCCCACUAGAGAAGCAGGGCAGUCAAGCCGGCCUCUGGUGGCCCCGAUCCUGAUGAUCUUGGGAGGGCCGGGCCAAGAGUCUGUCAGGAAGGCCAAGGCACAUGCAAGAUUUAUCGGAGUAGCUGAAGCGACCAACAUGGUCGCCAAGAGCGACCCGAUCAUAUCCUUCACCAACGAAGAUAUGGAGGGGAUUAGCUGGUCUCAUGACGACGCGAUCGUGCUACAAAUGAUCAUUCAAGAUCGAAUUGUCCAUAGAAUAUAG